CUGAAAUCGUAUGCUAUCGUCACCGAGGCCAUCUCGCUUUCCGGAUACAUCAAAGUAGCCUUGGCUUCUGUGAUUCUAUGCCGUAAGUGGCUUCUUGUGCUGGCGAUUAUUCGAUUGAGCUCGUUCGGAUUGCGAUGCAUCGCGUUCAAAGCAAAAAGUUGGAUGCGUGCCGACGAGAGUAAACCUCCACCACAGGUGAUCUUACUGAUGCCGACAGAAAACGGUGGAUAUCGCAAGUCGUCGACAGUCUACGCCGAUCCGCAGACGAAAAACGUGCUCGAUCGAAUCCAACGUGAAUCAUUCGAGCUGUUUCACAACGACUAUGAGGAAGCGGUGCCGAUCCGAAAGAAGCCGCCGAAGCUUGGCAGCCUGCGCGAGAAUAUCUAG